GUCGUUACCACCGAGACGCACGGGGACGGGCGACUGCCGCCGCCGCCGGCUGCUCUUCCGUGUCGUGUCCUUGCGCGCCCCCGCGUGGCAGUCAGCGUGAAGGCCAGCCUCUGGCUUUUGCGGCUCCGCGGCGAGUCGCCUUGCGGCUCCGGUCGCCCUGAAUCCGCGCUGUGCCCAGCUCCCUGCCCGGCCCAGCGCCAGACGAGGGGCGACACCUCGAGGUAAAAUCUAGGAGGUGCAGGAGGCUAACUGCAAGAGGCCUUGUCGUCCGGGAGAAGCCUCUCAGCGGCGCAGAAGAGCGGGUGCGAUGAUGGAGGGGCAGGAAUGCGAUUUAGGGAAGUCGUGUGCCCGCUCUGAGGCAGCGGCGGCUGCCCAACCCGCGGGGUCCCCAGGGGAGACCCCCGCGGUCGCCGCAGAGUCCCCGGAGCUCGCGAACUACAGUAGCAAGUGCGUGUUCUGCCGGAUCGCGGCGCACCAGGAACCCGGCACCGAACUCCUACACUGUGAGAAUGAAGACCUAGUUUGCUUCAAAGAUAUCAAGCCAGCAGCACCUCAUCAUUAUCUUGUGGUGCCAAAGAAGCAUUUUGAAAACUGCAAAUAUCUAAAGAAAGAUCAAAUAGAACUCAUUGAGAACAUGGUAACUGCUGGAAAAGCCAUUCUAGAAAGGAAUAAUUUCACUGACUUUGAAAAUACAAGAAUGGGUUUCCAUGUGUCCCCCUUCUGUUCCAUUUCCCACUUGCACCUUCAUGUUCUGGCACCAGCUGAUCAGCUGAGCUUCAUGUCAAGAUUGGUUUAUAGAGUGAAUUCCUAUUGGUUUAUCACAGCUGAUUAUUUGAUUGAAAAACUAAGAACAUGAAAAUGUCAACAGUGGAAGAUUUCCUAAUCUUGGCUUAACAUAGACUAAUAUUUUGGUCUCUUUGAAGUCUAAUUACAAUUGUAAGGAUCACUGGGUUUUAUGAGAAGCUAUACUGGGUAGCCUUAAAUUGUUUCUUCAUGUUUGUUUCCUGAAAUGUGUGAUAUAGUCAUAUAAAUUCUUUGUCAUUGACUUUGUUUUAAUGGUUCCUUGUCUAAGGUAUAAGAUACUAUAGAUAAAAUCCCAUGAAAACAAAUUCUGUUAAUCAAGAAGGGCUCUGUAUUUUUUUAAGAAAUUCAAAUAUUUUUAUUUCUCAGUAAGUAGUCAGUUAUAAUAGUGAUUUAUUUAUGAAGAAUAAACUGGUAUAAAAGUACUUUGUUGGAACCUUUGUUAAGGAGAGAAAGAAAUUACUUAUUGAUUGUUCUGUAAUUAAUUUCAAAAUAAAGAGUACCAUACCACACAGUGAUCUCUGAUCUUGAUGGAAAGAAUUGUAUAUGUUGUCACUUACAGAUUUCAGAUGCUGGUUUUCACUUCCUGAAACCUAGCAUCUUUGUAAUAAAUUGAUACUGAAAGCUAUAUAGUAUAUAUAAAAUAAUUUUUCUCUAACAGUGAAUUUGCUACAACAAAUCAAUUUGGCUAUCCAAGAGAAUUCAUUGUAAUAGAAUUUUACCUGUAAGUAUAUAAAUGGGGAAGAAGCAUGAAGUGGUUUUAUUAAAAUAUUAAAAACUGGAGGAACCUGCUGCUUGAUAGCUUGUUUACUAUACCAAAGGAAAAUUAGAAUUAAAAAGUGAUUAGACCUGUCUUUUAUCAUGAACAAGCCCUGACUUGAAAGUAGAGAUGGAUAGGCUUGGAUGAGAAAAUUUACUUUAAUAAUAUAUUAAUGUUACUAAUAAAUCAUUUCAUGAGACAUAUUUCUUUAAGAAUUGUCUUUUGGUGCUAAUCUAUACUAAUAGCAGGGAAUGUGAAUGAAAAAUAAGCACUGAAAGCUAAUCUUACGUUGUGCCAGUGUAUAAUUGUACCAUGUACAUGAAUAUAAAUGAACAUAAGGUUUAAAGUAUAUUAAAGUAUUGAUCUUAGAAAUAAUCUGAGAAGACUAGUUUUUUUUUUCCUUCCUUUUUGGGGGGCAUUAUAUUAAACAUAGCUUUAAGUAAUGAAAUACUACAAUUACAAUGUUUAGUUACAAUCUCUAGAAUCAAUAUUGUCUAGUUCAUUUAUUCAUUCAAUAAACAUUUGCUGAGCAUUUAACUUGUAUCAGGCACUGCCAGGAUCAGGAAAUAUAGAAGUGAGAAAGGACCAUCUGCCUUUAAUUGCUAAUACAAGGAUCAGACAAAACCAGUGAGUACAAGUUUGUAUGUUAAGUAUCAAAAUGUCCAUAGCAGAGUCUGUGAAGAGGGAAACACUGGAGACAGGCGGCAGUAGAGCUAAGUAUUUGUGACUCAGUGUUAGGCAGGUAGAUAGUGGAAGUUAAGGCCCAGAGACCAACGUGUACUUUCCUUGGGUUUUGCCUCCAUUAUUAUUGACUUUACAAUUGAAUAUCCAGAUUCCAUUGUGUUCACUGGAGGUGGAGAGAGGGGUUAUGGGCUCUCAAAAUCAUAUUUACAAGUUUUUCAGCACUACUGUAUUAAGUAGCUUGGUGAGCACCUACGCAGAUUCUCAGUUACAUGUUCCUGUAAAUCAGUUCAGCCGUGAGCAGCUUCUUCAGGAAAGGAGUUUUCAACAUGUGCAACAUGUUGUACUGUGUGACCUUGUAGUGACAUAAUGGACAGUAUUAUGAUAAUAACAUGUAAGGUAUCUAAGGAGUUCUCAGAAUUCUCAGACGCCGUGUGGGCUUCUUAGAAAAUACUGAUUAGCCAUUUGAUUUAAUUUAUAUGGGAUUAUACCUUCUCAUAGUAAGCUUUUCUCCUUUUCUGGAAAACCCUUGGAGCCUUAAAUUUUUAGUGGCUCUUCUCCUGUCAAGAUUAAUAAUCAAAUUAUGACAAUUGAAAUUCACUCAGCUUUUGUCGUAGUUUAAUUAUUAUGUUUAAGUAUAUAGUUUAAUUAUGUUUAUUUAUUUAAUUAAUAUUUGGUAACUCUAGCUACUAAAGUUAUAACAUCAGCUCAGUACAAAUGCUAAUUCAUAACCUGUCUUAAAAAUGUUUAAAGUAGUAUCAAGAGCAUUAUUUAUGCAUGUUGUGAUACUAUUUUUGGUAACUGCAGAAUGAUAAAAUUAUUAAUAAUGAACUAUUUCAAACUGUGUUUACUUAGCUAAAUUUCUGCUAAAUAAAUACGGAAAAAUACUGUGUGAAA